CAAACAUAACAAAAGCAAAACAAAGAUUGACAAAACAUAAACAGUAAUUUCACAGCGAUGUAAACAUUUUACGUUUAUUUAAAUUGAUAUACUUUUAAGUGUUUUCUUCUAUAAAAAUAAAACACUGCGAAGAGAGAAAUCGUUUAUAAUACGAUUUUCCAUUCUAAAAUACUUGAGUUCAGUAAAUAUGAGUAAAAUAUGAAUUUGAACACCAGCAGCUCAUCGGAAUCAGAUUUUGAAGUACUAGAGAUAAUUUCCAAUAUAUCCGUACCACGGAAUCUUAAACGUUCAAAGCACAAAAGAGAUCCCUUUACAUAUUCCGACGAUGAAUUCAAAAUGCUAUACAGACUUGAUAAGAAUACUGUAUCGCAUUUAAACGAUCUCAUUAAUCCAGUUUUAACACCUGUAUCGCAUCGAAAAUUCAGUUUAUCUGUAUUGGAACAAAUCUUUAUAACAUUGCGAUUUUAUGCUACUGGAACACUUCAAAUCAGCGACACUAAUGUACAUAAAACUACUAUGUCCAGAGUUGUGUACAAGGUUAGCAAAGAAAUAACUAAAUUAGCGAAAUCUUACAUAAGCAUGCCGAAUGGUAGCGAAUUACAAGAGGUUAAGGAACUUUUUUAUAAUAUAGCUGGGUUCCCAAAUGUAAUAGGAUGUAUUGACGGAACACAUAUUCCUAUCCAGUCUCCGGGAGGUAAUCUGGCUGAAUUAUAUAAAAAUAAAGGAGGCUUUUCUUCUAUUAAUGUGCAAGUCGUGUGUGAUGCUGAAUUAAAUAUACGAUAUUUAGAUGCACAUGGGUAUGGAUCGACUGAAGACAGUAUUGUAUUUGAAAAUUCAUCGCUGCGAACACAACUCUAUAGUAACAAGAUAGAUGGUCACCUUCUAGGAGAUUCUGCAUACCCUUGUAGUAAAUAUCUGAUGACUCCAAUUAUAAAUCCAUCUACGAAUGCAGAAAAACUAUACAAUAAGGCUCAUAAUAAUACUAGAAAUACAAUUGAAAGGACAAUUAUUGCUUGGAAGAAUAGAUUUCCAUGUCUUUCACUAAAAUUGAGAUUAAAUCUGCAACACACAUUAGCUGUGAUUACCGCAACCGCUGUGUUACAUAAUAUAUGUAACCAGCAAAAUGAUAGUUUUUUAAUUGACACUCCUGAUGAAAAUAUACCAAAAUGUAAUACAGUAUAUAACUUCUCCGAAGAUUAUAAAUUUCGUCAGCUAUUGGUCGAACAAUAUUUUAGCCACUGAUGAGCGACGCCUUUUCACUUCAGCUGGUUCUUCAUUAUCUGUGCUUUCUACAAGAAAAUCACGUGACUCUGUAUCUGUAAUAAAUAUAUAUUGUACUCAUAUAAAUACUAAUAAAAAGAGAAAAGAG